GCAUAUACAUCACUUUCAUCCCCCACCCUAUCCUCUCCCUCUCUUACCCCAAAACGAAACGAUAUAUAACUAACGGCCCAACAAACGUCGUCCGUUCCCUUUGCCAAAAGCCGUCAAACAUUUUCCCGUCCGGCGUUAUCAUCUGCCACGUAUCACAAACUUCGGCAAUAUAUAUUCCCCCCUCGCCCCCACUUCAUCACUCGAUCACACACUGCUAGUUUUCUCAUUUUCACCGUCGCCGAUCUCUCAACCAAACAGCUCCCCGCUUCUUCCUCUUCAUCUCCAUCAAUGGCGAAGGAUCCCGUCCGCGUUCUCGUCACCGGAGCUGCAGGUCAAAUUGGGUAUGCUCUUGUUCCCAUGAUCGCUAGGGGAGUGAUGCUUGGCACCGACCAGCCGGUGAUCCUCCACAUGCUUGAUAUCCCACCGGCAGCUGAGGCACUGAAUGGUGUCAAGAUGGAGCUGGUUGAUGCUGCCUUCCCACUUCUUAAAGGUGUUGUUGCUACAACUGAUGUUGUGGAGGCCUGCACCGGAGUCAACAUUGCAGUCAUGGUUGGUGGUUUCCCCAGGAAGGAAGGUAUGGAGAGGAAGGAUGUGAUGACCAAGAACGUCUCCAUUUACAAGUCCCAGGCUUCUGCCCUUGAGAAGCAUGCUGCUGCUGGCUGCAAGGUUCUGGUUGUUGCUAACCCAGCAAACACUAAUGCUUUGAUCCUGAAGGAAUUCGCACCAUCUAUCCCUGAGAAGAACAUUACUUGCUUGACUAGGCUGGACCAUAACAGGGCACUUGGUCAGAUCUCGGAGAGACUGAGUGUUCCAGUUUGUGAUGUGAAGAAUGUGAUCAUUUGGGGGAAUCACUCAUCUAGUCAGUAUCCUGAUGUCAACCAUGCUACUGUUGCCACUCCAUCUGGUGAUAAGCCUGUCCGAGAGCUUGUCAAGGAUGAUGUGUGGCUGAAUGCUGAGUUCAUCACCACUGUCCAACAACGUGGUGCUGCAAUCAUCAAGGCUAGGAAGCUCUCGAGUGCUCUAUCUGCUGCCAGCUCAGCUUGUGACCACAUCCGUGACUGGGUUCUUGGAACCACCGAGGGUACCUGGGUUUCCAUGGGUGUGUACUCUGAUGGUUCAUACAAUGUCCCUGCUGGGCUCAUCUAUUCCUUCCCUGUUACAUGUCAGAAUGGGGAAUGGAAGAUUGUGCAGGGACUUCCAAUUGACGAAUUCUCGAGGAAGAAGCUGGAUCUGACCGCAGAGGAGUUGAGCGAGGAGAAGGCACUGGCUUACUCUUGCCUUAAUUAGGUGCUGUGCGUGAGUGCAGCUGCGAUGCCCCCUCCCCCAUUUUAAGUUUCUCUACAACUGCAGGGGCAUGGCUACUAUUUUUGAAUAAAAAGCCUCUUUCGUGGUGUUAAUGAAUGCAAAGCCCGUCGGAUGAUGGGGAUCCUGUGAUCUGCUUUAGACGUUUGCUUGAGGGCUGGUGCUCUUUCAUGUGUAAUGAGGAUAUCUUAGAUUUAUAAGUGAAGAUUUGAGACUAUGCAGAAACUGUUGUAUUCAGAAUUUUGAUUUGGCAGAUAUAAUCUUCAACUGCUCCAACUAGUGUCCUGUUUUUGCGUGUGUUUGAUUU